AUGGAGCAUCUCGCAACCCUCUCAACAUGGUGGUCCCAAACCACAAGCACCUACACCCCCUUCCAAAUCGAGUUCUUCGGCAGCGCCGCCGUCCUCUUCAUCGGCUUCUGGGUGCCCUCCCUCAUCUUUACCGCAAUGGACAUCCUAGGCCCCACGCACAUCCCCUGGCGCAAGAUCCAAGCGCCGACAAAACAGCCUCCGUACGCCGCAGUGAAAAAGGGCCUGCUCAACUCCCUGCAGAACCAACUCCUCACCAGCGCCCUGCACCUCGCAUACCUAGGCACGAGUCACUACUUUACAUCCGGCCGCAAGAACACAAUCUACACCGUCCCAUCAACCCUCCCCUCAACCGCCACAAUGGCAAAGCACAUCCUCCUCAGCAUCAUCCUGCAAGACAUAAUCUUCUACCACGCCCACCGCGCCCUCCACCACCCGCGCAUCUACAAGCACAUCCACAAGAAACACCACGAGUUCACGACGCCCAUCGCCCUGGCCGCGCUGUACGCACACCCAGUCGAGUACUUCCUCUCCAACAUCCUCCCUGUUGCCCUCCCGCCUGCGCUCCUGGGCGCGCAUAUCGUGACUUUCUGGUUCAUGCUUACAUGGGCGCUUGUGCUUGCGAUCAUCGCGCACUGCGGGUACGAGCUCCCGCCGAUUUAUGGCUGGAACAUGGAGGUGCAUGAUAUGCACCACGAACUGUUUGUGGGCAAUUUCGGCACGAUUGGGAUUUGCGAUGUGCUUUAUGGGACGAGGUUGACGGAUCCGAAGGCUGCGAGGGGGGUUAGGAGGGGCAAGGGUGAUGAGUUGGACUUGGAGUGA